CCCUCUUCGAUCUUCCAUAGAAAUCCAAAUCCUUCCACAUGACACGAGAAGCAUCGUCUGAAACCCCACAAACAACCUCCAAAACCCCCUCCGAACAUAUUGAAGCGGCACCGCGCCGAGACAUUGUACAACACCUCAAGGAUCUCGACGAGCAAGCGAAAAUCAACGACUCCGAGAGACAAGCCAGGAUCGAAAAGGGCAAGAAUAGGCGAACGUACGGACUCGGACGAUUCGCCAUGUUCUUGUUAGGUGGAGGCCACAGCUGAUCAAAUUCUACCGGGAGUCGCAAUGAGGAUGCUCGAAGGCUGGCAGACGGUCUGGUGAUGCUGUACCAGAUACUGCAGGUGUCAUCACUGUACGGGUUUGAAGUUAGUGACCACCAGAACGAAUGACUUUUGGG